CAUUUUUUUAAUAUCGCAUCUCUAGUCCGCACAUGUUCUAAGAAAUGUUUCGAACUGGUGAUAUAUUCAAAACAAUUGUUCACGCAAAAAAGGAAGACCGAAAUGUCUACCUUAAUGUUGCGGAUCAAAAUCUUCACGGAGCAAGCACAGAGUCGGAGGCACAAUCCAUUACUUUUCUCCUUUACAAAACUAAGACUCGAUCAAUCGGCUUACGAUUUCUUAUUAAAUAUUUAAACCAAUGCCCAAGUCACAUUUUGAAAGAUAAGGGAAAUAUUUGGUUAACUAUUAUAACUAGAACAUGUAAUAGUAAGGAAGUUGGCUUAUAUGGAGAACUUAUAUAUGAAGCUGUGGCUUUACUUGUAGUUCAAAUACAAGCAGCCCCUGAAACAGCAAAAUCCUUUGGUGCAACUUGUUUAGGAAAGAUUUACGAAAGUCUAUCAUUUUUGAAAAAAGAUACAACCCUAUGUUGUACGAUUGCUGCACUAAAAGCCGUAAAACAAUGUUUAAAGUACUACCCUGGACCCAGUAAGUCAGGAAAGGUUAGAGUUACACAAUACCUUCUAACAUUGGUAGAUAGCUGUUACCCUGAAGUUGUUUAUGAAAGCGGAAAUUGCUGGUUACAAUUACAACAAGUACGGGGAAAUUCCAACAACACUGGCAUCAGUAACGAAAAAGUUGAAUGGCAAGAUUUCCAACUCGGGUUGCUAGCUAACCUGAACGAUUUGUUAAAUAAUGGAUUUCCUAAAUACAAAGAUAAUACCAAGGACUUCAAAAGCCAUAAAUUGCAAUCUUUUAAUUUGGAAUUAACAGGAGAUCCAAUUGAAAGAGCAGCUCAAGUUUGCAGACGAUUCUGCAAUCUAACUGAGUUCCUUAAGAUUGCACUAAGCCAACCGUACUCUUCAAAAAAGCUAAUAUGUCCAAAGAAAAUUUUGGACCUAAUUCAACAUGGUAUGGGAGUGAGCUAUGGAAACUGUGAGAAUAUUGAUAGCAUGUGCUUCGAGAAUCUUCUACCUCAAAUGCAUACUAAAUUAUUGGAGCUACUAGAAGUUUUGAUCAACAUCUGCCACACUCACCUCAGACCGCAUUUUCGAUUGAUUUCAAGUAUUGUAUUGGACUCAUUACAAAAAACCAUGUGGUCAACACCUGAAGGAAUUUCAAUCCAGUUGUUUAAUUUACGAAUUCAUGUCUAUAAAGCAACAACGUCAUGGCUCUUAACUUUUGCUGAGGGAAGCGGAUGCGAUUUAAUUGCCGAACGCCUUGUAAAAAUUUUACUUGAAGAUGUCACAAUCCGUCGUAGAGACAUAUAUUUGAUGCCCGUUACUCAGCCAAAAAAUAAAUGUAAAAGGAAAAAUACUGCAUCGACAGAAGCACAUUUCCAAGGCGAAGCGAUAAUUAAUAAAAACAAAGAAAUUCUUUGUAGGCAUGCAUUACAAUGUCUACAAAUGGUUUUGGAUUCUGUUGGUUAUAUUUUAAAACCACAACUUCUAAGGAAUAUAUUGACCACUCUAUUGGAAAACGGCGCUCAAAUAUAUGAGAAACGUGUGUGGAAGGAAAAUGUUUAUAACGACUGGACUUGCCGCCUGGAGUUGUACAAAACCUUAUUCAUAUUUAUCAAAUUAAGAAAUAUGCCCUGCUCUCCCCCUACAGAUAUAGUUUUGUACAUACUUGAUGAAUCUAGCAAAAAAGAUCCAAGCCCUGACAUACGAAUUUGUUGCAAAAAUAUGAUCGCUUCAGUUGAAAAAAUUUUACAUCCUCAAAGAGAAACUUUAAUUUUCAAAGAAGACCCGCAACACAGUAUUUCUACAAUACAGCUAAAUGAAAACACAGUCUAUGAAAGUUCAAAGGAGACUCCAGACUUAGGCAAUAAUGAAAUCAUGCAAUUACAGAAGAGAGUAGCCAGCAGUGCCCUUCUUCCCAUAGACAAUUUAAAUGAAGAAAAUUCAAGUAGGUGUGUAUCAAAAAAAAUGCGCACGUCCUCCGAAAAUAAAAAUAAUAGGUAUGUCGUUAUUGAAGAAGAAGAUGCUUUGGAAAAUCCAGCACAUAAUAGCUGUGUAAUUCUGCAAGAAGCUAAUGUAGAGUCUUUGGAAGAAAAUCUGGAAGCUCCAGAGAUUAAUGAUCGUGUACGUAUUCUAAAAGUCCGUUCAAAAGAGUCUACGCAAGUAUCAGACGAUAUUAAGCACAGCACGCCGGAACCUAUUUCAAAUGAAGCAAAACCUGGUAAGAGCGAUGACGAUGAUUACAUUGCUGAGUUGCAGGCUGCUUUUGUCGACGAGUUAAAAUAAAAAAAUGCAUUAUUAUAAUGAAAAC